AUGGAUGAAACUUCCAAAGAACUGUCAGAACCUGCGGAAAUAAAGAACGUUCUUCCGGAUGUUGUGAAUUCACAACAGUUAACCACACGAGACGCCGUAGGAGACGAUGCUACUAAUUCCACAACGGAUACGAGUCACCAUACACAUGAGAAAGUUCAAGAACUUGAGAAAGAAACUGAGGAAAAUAGUGGAAUAGAAUCCAUAUCAGAAAAUAUUCCUUUCAAUAUUGAUUAUUCUAACUCAGAAUCAGAACAUAUAGAGCCAAAUGCAGGAGACUUACUUAUAGUUACUAGUAAUAAUGAAAUAGCUUCAAAAAAUAGUUCUUUAAAUGUUCCCCAAGAUGCAAGCCAGCACAGCUCCUGGAACAUUGAUGUUAACCGAUCAGAUAUACACAUUAGUGAAGAAAGUCCGGUUAUACUUGCUCUAUCAUCUGAUACAUCUAAGGAAGUUUUAAAAAGUAAGGAACACAAAGAUGACGGGGAAAAAUCUCCCGAACAAUCCUCAAAUAGUGAGUAUCUUGACUCACUCAAUGAUACCAAAAGUCACAAAUCAAAUAACAACGAGGGCAGUAUUGAUGCUAAGACAACUUUUUCAUCUGAAAAAGAUGCAGAAUCUCUUGGACAGUGCAGCUCUGGUUCAGAAGAGAUAAUAAAGUUAGAUAUAAGAGGUCAAGCUGCUCCAAAAUUUCCAGUUCAGUCAACAAAAAUUAUAUUUGGUCCGCCGCCCGAUGGAAGUACCAUGAUGAGUCCACAUUUAGACCAGAUACCAGUGUUUCAAACAUUACUGUCUCCCUGUCUUGUGGGACCGAGCGAGGGAGUCACCAUUGAAGAAGUAUUUGAGGGCAAAGACACUCCCGACAAGUCACAGUCACUCACGGUCAGCUCCAGCGAUAAGGAACAGGAUGUUCUGCUCGAAGAAUUGAUAGUGGAACAUGACCAGAAGGAAGUGGGCCCAGACAAUGUGUCUCCGACAAAGUCAUUGAAUCCAGAUGAGACUUCUUUAAACACUAUGAGCACCGAGUACAAAACGCUGUGUGAGGAGUAUCAAUUCAAGCUGGUUCACUUGGAGGAGGCGAUGUCGAGGCGCGACCAACUAAUAGAGGAACUAACGGUCUCGUUGCAGCGCUCCGUGCGCGAGAGAGACGACCUGCGACACGACAACGAACACCUGCGGCGACUGGCCGCGGACCGCUCGCACUCGGCCCAGCUGUCCGACUACAUCAAGUACCAGGGCCUGCUGAGAGACGACACCAAGUACUACUCCGCGCUCGACAGCGGCCCCAGCUCGCGGCGGAGCUCCAACGGGGAGAAGGACAACGACAAGGAGGAGAUCACCGUCAACUACUCCAGGUCCGACCUGCGCUCCUCCUGCUCCGGGGACGGACGGGACGGACUGCACGGGAAGGUGACGGCGCUCCUCGACACGUACCACGAGCGGAUAGACGAACACACGAGGAACGAGUUGAGAGGGAGUCUGAUACAAGUGGUGUGUGAUGAGGUCGCCAGGAUACGGAUAGACUUCGACACAGACGUGAGGGAGCUGGAGGCGCAGCUGGCUCAGGAGAAACACGCGCGGACCGGAGACGUGAGGAGACUCAGGGAGCUGCUGGCUGACGUGAGGACGGGCGGCGGGGACCUGGAGCGGCUCAGGGAGGAGCUGGACCACAAGCACAGGCGGGAGAUGGAGAACCUGAGGACGUACUUCGAGAAGAAGUGCCUGGACAUGGAACGAAGUUAUUCCGAGGAGGUGAUGCGUGGUCGGGCGUGUGUGUCCCCAGUGUCGGAGGGAGCGGAGGCGGAGGCGGAAACGGGAGCGGGCGACGCACGCAGGAGGACGCGCUCGGCCGACCUACCCUCACUACUUAUGGAGACAUCGACGCCUCUAGAGGGCACCCUGAGACAGAUCAACAAGAAGUUGGAGCAGCGGCUGGUUGAGGAGAGGACGGAGCACCUGGAACAUGUGAGGAGACUGACACACACACACACGGAGAAGGUGACGGACCUGGAACAACAGAUAUCAGAACUAAAAGCACACAUACAGACUAGUGAAAACACAGAGGCUAACGUGUCUGUGUACCAACAGGACAUAGACUUGGAGCUGGAGAAGAACUCUAAUCUAUUCUAUCCACGGUAUGUAUAUGUCCUUACUAAACCGGUGUGUCUCCCGCCCUCUCUAACGGCCGCAUGUCCUGUGUCCGCUCGCUCACUAACCGGCCUACCGCAGCGUGCCCGCGACCGAGUGCUGCACGACAUGCAACUACAGCUGCAGGUGUUGUUGUCCGACCCUGACGCGGAGCUGUCCAGCUGGCCGCUGGAGCUGGUGGCGCUCAGGGACAGGAUCCAUCACGACAGAGAGUUAUCGAGUGUCCGGGACGAGCUGUCCAGCGGAGAGGGAGACAAAUGGAGGCAGAGGAGGAACAACAGCUUUGAUCAGAACAGACAGCUGGAGGAGGUCACCCGGGAGAGGGAUGGUCUCCGUCGUGUGGCGGGCGUGUUACAGCGAGCUGUGUCCUCACUGGUCGCGUACUGCGCCAGCGCCGAGGACGAACUGAACAGGACCGUGCUGAACAAGCUGCUGGGACACCUGGCCGCGGACGACGACACGAUCGUGGAGCUGGACUCCCGGCCGUCCACUCCGGUCGCGGAGCUGAGUGUGUUGGGAGAGACGCACGUACACCUCGCGCCCGACCUGCACUCCAUACUGGUGUCGCUGGACGAGGCCGGCGUGAGGGGCUUCCUGCAGCAACAGAGGGACCUCGGGGACGACAUCAAGAGGGAGCUGGACGCCUCGCUCAAGAGACUCAGACACGAGGCCAGGGACCUGCUGCAGCUGUCCGCGAGACUCGCCACCAACAGUCAGUUACACACACACACCACACUAACACGUGUGACGUCAUCAUCAGACUUGAUAUCAACUAUAUAUGUGUCUGUUCACACAGAGGCGCGACACGAGACGAGGAUGUUGGAGAACAGCACGCGGGAGGCCAAGGAGGAGGAACGGGAAUGUAUCAACUGUAUGAUGCAGAGAAAAAACGUCGAGGAAGCCAUGUCUGAGUGUCUCCAACGUGAGAGUCUGCUGCGGAGCGACCUCGACGGAGCCAUGAUGAAGAUAGCUCACCUCAUGGGACCCGCGGACAGGACGCACGGAGACGACGUGGUGGAGGGGUACGGCACGGGCGGGCGCUCGCUGGACGGACUGACGCCGCGCGCACAGCUCGCUGCGGACCUCGACCACGCGCUCCGGGAGAAGGACGACCUGAAGCAACAGCUGGAGGCGGCCAACCGUCAGCUGCGCUCCACGCGUCAGUUCGUGGAGGAGCAGGCGGCCGAGCGGGAGGCGGAGAGGGACGAGUUCGAGGACCGGCUAGCCGAGCUGAGGGAAGACAACACACGGCUGGCCGCGCGCCUGCAGAACAACGCCAGAAUAGUGACCGAGGUCGAGCAACUGGAAACUCAGGCUCGGGAGAUGAAUCAGAUAAUAGCGGACCUGGAGCAGAGGAAGGGAGCCGCGGACGAGGAACUUAAGGCAGCGGAGGAGAAGGUGACCUUACUGAGAGACAUUAUACACAACCUGGAGACACAGCUGGAGGACAAGACGAACAGGGAGAGGGACGUGCUGCGGGAACUGGGGGAUAUGAGGACGGCCAUAGACGACAGGGACCGGGCCAUGAGGGAGCUGCUGGCCGAGAUGGAGCGGGGGAGGGGCGCCGCGGAGGAGGGGGGAGGGGAGGAGGAGGAGACCGGCCGGCCGGCGGAGGAGGGGGGUGGUGGGGAGCUGCGGGACACGCUCAGGGAUGAUGCCAAGCUUCUUGAGGAGCAGAUACACAGCACCGUGGUGCGGUUGGAGGGAGCCUACGAGCGAGCUUCCGGCUCACUGUCCGAACGUACGGAGGACGUCUCAGUAGGGGGGGCGCGGGGCGGAGGCGGGGCGAGGGGACCGGCUCUAGAGGAGCUCAGCGGGGUGUGGGGGCAACUGCGGGCGCUGGAGCGGGCCGGGGACGCCGCGCUCAAGAGGAUCGACGACCUGCACAUGCAGCGACAGAGACUCAAGGACGUGGCGCAGGAGGUCCGCGCCGAGCGUGACGUGCUCCAGGCUCGUAUGUCGGAGCAGGCGUUGCGCAUCUCAUCACUGAGCGCACGUCUCGCGCAGCAGCGGUGUGAUGCCGACGCCCUGGCUCAUGACGCCGCCGCACAGCUCUCCGUGAAGCUACACGACGCACAGGCUGAGGUUCAAAGAUUGACGGAGGAGUUGACUACCAAAGAUAAACAGCUGGCGAGAUUGAAGCAGAGCCACGAGGACAGAGACAAGUAUGGAGAAACACAAGCGGUCUUUGGGAAUUCAUGUAACCCUAAAGACAGAAAUGCAAUAUUAGAACGGGAACUUUUAAACGCUAAAUCCAAAAUAGAACAACUCGAAACUUUAGUACGAAGUCUCGAAAAUGAUAAGGAAAAACUUCAAUCAACAGUCAGAGAACAACAGAGAACACUCGCUGAGAAGGAGGAACAGUUGAAUGAAAUUAUGGCUCUUAAUCUGGUUGAGGACCAAAGCGAGGUGAUUCAGGCCAAGACGUCCGCGCGGACACUCAGUGAUAUCGUCUCCAUAUCAGAGUUCGACGAACAGGACUUGAUAAUGAGGCGGGCGGAGUUGAAGGGACAGAACGCUAGCAUCACGAACACUGAUCACAAACAUAAAACCAAUCUAAACAAGACCCUACCCCCCGAUGUACAGAAACCUAAUAUGAGUUCAUUGAACUUGGACUACGCUGAUCAUUUCGAUGCCACAAACUUUACUCCCCGUGCCGACUCUCUACCUAUACAUCUAACAUCUACCCAAAAUAAAGAGGUUUACAAAAGGAGUGCAAAUGAAACGACAAUAUUUGGUGAAGGUAUUAAACAUUCUACUGCUCAAAAUAUACCCGAUAAUUGUUCAAUGUAUCCCAACAGAGACGUCUCGGAAAGUAAAAAUUUAAGUGUUGAACCGAAAAAGAUUAACUUCUCAAUGGAACCAUCCGACAACAGAACUCACGACGAUGAGUUGACUUCCUUGAAAGAUCUGGGAAUAACGUUAGACGUGAAGCAAGAGAACUUCCCAGACAUACUGACGCAGCUCAAACAUGAAAUAAAGAAAUCUAGAAGUGAGUUAGAUCUGUGUAAGGCAGAACUCAAGAAUGCUGAGGAACAGCUGUGUGAGUUUCCAGCGUUAAAAGAAGAAGUGGAGGCGUUGAAGGGGCUGUUGGAGAAUACGAUGGCGGCCAUGGACAACGACAAGAAGUUUUACGAAAAUCAAUUAGAUACUUUUGAAUCAAAUAAGAAACUGCUCGAACAAAGACUUAAAGAAUUAACUCAAGAAGUUAAUGAGAAAUCAAAAGACCUGAAUCUGCUCAAGGAAGAUAUUCUACGACGAGAAAACAUGAUAUUAGAACUUGCGAAGGAGAAACGGAACUUGGCAAAUAAGAUUUCUGAUUUAGAAAUCAAAAUAGACGAAUUAAAUAGCAAGAAUACAGCUCUAGAAAAACACGAGGUAGAAAAUAAGCAGCUCAGAGAAAAGCUAAGUGAGCUACAGAGACUCGAACAGUUGGUAUCAGAAAAAAAUCAACAAAUUGACAGUUUAAAUCAACAUCUAGAUAGAUUGGACGAUCUACAGAGAUGUUUGAACGACAAAACCGAAGAGAUGGAGGGACUGAAACAGGCGCUGAAAAUGAAAACAAACGAACUGUUCCAAGUGAGAGACUCGGUCAACACGUUGAACACUGACAUCGCUAAAGUUAUAGAAGAGAACGACCAGCUCAGCCAACAGAAUAAAGAACUGAAGUUAAAACUAACUAAACUAGAGAAGGAACAGGAAAACGCAACGAUCAGGCUUCAGAACAACGAGACUGAACUCAACAGGGUCCACUCACAGAACACGGAGCUCACGGCGAGGAUAGAGGAGCUGAGGGUAUUACACGACGCACUGAAAGAUAAAGAGACGGAGAUAGAGAUACUAAGAGAGGACAUUGACCUCUACCACGAGGAGGUGGCGGCGCUGAGGGAACAGAUGAAGAUGGUGUCCAGGAGCCCCUCGCCCAGGAACAAACACACGGAGGCUGACACGGACCGGCGGGCCAGUAGGGACAGGAAGCAGCUGGUCAAGAUUAAGAAACAAAUAUCACUGUUACAACACGAACUGGACUUCCACAAGAAGGAACUCAACGAUAAGGCCUUCGAAUUAGCUAAGGCUAAACUGGAUUUGACGGAAGCUCGGAAUAAUAUAAGUCAGAUGAGUAAGCAAAUAUCUGACAGCGAGCAGCUCCACGUGGCCUGGAACGAGCAGCAGCAGCAGCUGGAACAACUGGUGCGAGAGAAGGAACAGCUGGAGCGACAGCUGGAGACGGUCCUGGCCAGACUGCGGGAGGAGACCGACGUAGGCGAGUUGAGGCACAAGCUGUGCGCUGAAAGUGAACGAUGUGGACAACUGGAGCGGGAACUGAGGCGGCUCCGGGACACGAGCGACAGAGUUCAGUCGACGCCGGGACGCGCGCGCUCCCCCACGGCCGAGCUGGAGCGGGCGGUGCGCGACCAGCUUGACUACUCACACGCCUUGGACGACGACAUCAUGGACCAGAUUCUGUCUGCGAGCAGCGACGAACGAGAGGACGUUCCGAGACUAGUUCUCAAUUCAUCCAAUCAGUCUACGAGCUCGAUGAAAUCGACAUCUUCGGAGCGCAUGCAGCGGCUGAGGAACGACAACGAGAAGCUGCAGCUGAAGGUGGAACACCUGGAGUGUAGGUUAAAAGAUAAGGACGCGCUCAUAUCUGAACUCAACAGAGUGCGAGACAAGCUGUCCAGUGAGUGUCAGUCGGGUCGGCUGAGGCUGGAGGCGGAGCGCGACCGCUCGGCGCGCCUGGCCCUGCUGCUGGACUCACACAAGGACACGGCCAGCUCGCUACACGACCAGGACUCCAGCAUGAUCGACAUGCUCAAGAGGCGACUCGAGACCGCCAUGAAGUCCGAGAUGGAGGCGCAGCAGCGGGAGAGGGACCUGCUGCAGCGGCUGAAACUUCUGGAGCGGACGCUGCCCGAACAACACUCGCCCGCUGACCAACACAAACAGGAGUCAGAGGAACGCGCUCGACUGCAGAGCUCGCUGAGCACGGCGCGGCUUCAGCUGGAGGCCGAGCGGAGGCGGGCCGGAGAACUACACGCGAUGCUCGAACACGAGAGGAACAAACAUAGAAGAGAGCUGGAUGAAGCGGCCGCCGCCACCGCCGCACUCAGGGGGGAGCUGGCUGAACUGAGGAGAUUGAAACACGAGUCCGGCGUGGAGCUGGUGAGGACCAAGGAGCUGCUACACACGCAGAGCGAUACUAUCGCGCAGCUCGAGAAGAAGUAUGCCGCCAGGAGCAAACACAACGAUACUAUCACUGGAAUCGAAAACGAAAAAACAGAUCUGGCUCGUGAGAUGGCGACCCUCCGGCGGUGUCUGACGGAGGCGCCCCACGGACAGCUGCAGCAGAUGAUGGACGAGAGGCAGGCACUGACAGACACCAUCAGGGAGCUGCGAGCACAGCUGGAGGCCAGGAACGACGACAAGGAACAGGCGGUGAGUACGGACAGGGAAUGUCUUCAUAUGAACGACAACACUUGUUUUAUUUGUUCAUAA